GGUAUAAAGAAUAAGACAGUUCAUGUGAGUAAGCUUGAAGUUGGUGUGUAUCAGUUUGAACUGACAGUAACUGAUGCUGCUGGUCAGUCUGAUAGUGCUACUGUAACUGUUGAUGUACAGAAAGAGAACAAUCAGCCUCCUAUUGCUAUAGUAACAGGUGAUACAGCUGUAUAUUAUCCAAACACUGAGUCCGUAUUGAAUGGAUCCCUCAGUACUGAUGACUACAGGAUAAUACAAUACCAUUGGAGUCAAUUAGAAGGACCUAAUGAUAUCCGGUUUGACGGGUUGGACAAACCAGUUUUACGAGUGAGUGGUCUUCAUGUAGAGGGAGUGUCCCCCACAGAAUAUUUGUUCCAGCUGGUUGUUAUUGAUUAUCGUAACGUGACUAACUAUACUAACAUCAGUGUCUACUAUCAUAAAGGUGAAGAUGUAUUGCCAGUGGCUGAUGCUGGUCCUGAUAUGAUACUAACACUACCACAGGACACAGUGACACUGAAUGGAACUGGCAGUCAUGAUGGAUUUGGUAUCAGUCAAUACAAAUGGAUUAAGAGUGACAGCAGCCCUGCUAUUG